AUGACUGGAAUAUUUACCUACCGCAACUUUUCACUCGAUGAUGUGCCGGAUCUAAAGGAACGAGUGGCUGUAGUCACGGGUGGACAUGCAGGCAUUGGCAAAGAAAUCACGGCUCAGCUUCUCCUACACGGAAUAGAGAGUGUGAUUAUCCUCGCCAGAAGCGAAGACAAGUACAUCGCUGCUUGCAAAGAAUGGAGACAAACUGAGGCUAUCUCACUCAAUGAGGAUGACUCUCGAGUCAAGUUCGUCAAGUGUGAUCUGGGAGAUAUCGAGGAUGUCAAAGCCGCAACUGAAAAGAUCAAAGAACUGACAGAUCGAGUUCACAUCCUGGUCUGCAAUGCAGCCCUCGGCGUCCCAAAUGAAUACACCCGCUCGCCACAGAAUAUCGAGCGUGUCUUCGCGACAAACUGCGUCGGGCACCAAGUUUUGACUACACUACUCAUGCCUCUCUUGAAACAUGGCGUGGUAACUGUACGCAACGGCGAUGUACGUAUCGUCGUUGCUAGUUCGUCUCUACACCUGACCUGCCAGGAGCUAGAUCUCGAUCUUCUGACUUCAUCUACACGUACCAAAUGGCCGGCGUUAUAUGAUGGCGUUUGGCGAUAUGGCCGAUCAAAGCUGGGUAAUAUUCUUUUCGCGAAAGAGCUCAGUCGACGGCUUUUGAAUGAUCGUGAUCCGGCUAGUAAGCAUAUCUAUGUCAAUUCAUUCUUUCCGGGGAAUAUUGUCACUGAUCAGUGGCUUGACUGGUCUUCUUAUUUUGGGUCUUUCUUUGGUUGGCUUAUGAGGUUGUGUGGAUCGUCUUGGGGGCAGACGUUGGAGGAUGGGGCUGCCACGGCUUUGUAUCUUGCUGCUGCUGCUGAGGUGAGAGAGGGGAAUAUUCGUGGUCAAUACUUUAUACCUAUCGCUACGUUGUGUGAGCCCAGUUCGAUUGCUGGACGACUCAAGGUUUCGAGGGAUUUGUGGGACUGGAUUGAUGCUCAGGCUACAGAGACACUGGGGCUGGACUGGGAAUGGCAGAGUUAG